AUGAACGUUGCGCUGCAGGAGCUGGGCGGUGGCGGCAACAUGGUGGAGUACAAACGGACCACGCUGCGGGAGGAAGACGCACCUGAGACCCCCGUAGAGGGCGGGGCCUCCCCGGACGCUGUGGAGGUGGGCAAGGGGGUUCUCCCUUUCUCACCAGGCCCCAGUCCUGACAGGACGUCUGGCAGACCCAGGAGCUUUGGGCUGCCCUGGAGGGUCACCUGCCCCCACCUCCCCUCCAUCUCUGGCCUCUGCGCUAGGACUGUGGUGGGAUUCCAGAAGAGGACAAGAGACCUCUUGGGCUCUCACACCCAACUGGAGCUGGUCUUAGCAGCUGUCUCUCUACUGCUGGGUGCACUGCUUCUGGGCUGCUUCGUGGCCCUGGGGGUCCAGUACCACAGAGACCCAUCCCACAACACCUGCCUCACAGAGGCUUGCAUUCGAGUGGCUGGAAAAAUCCUGGAGUCUCUGGACCGUAGUGUGAGUCCCUGUGAGGACUUUUACCAGUUUUCCUGUGGAGGCUGGAUUCAGAGAAAUCCCCUGCCCGAUGGGCGUUCUCGCUGGAACACCUUCAACAGCCUCUGGGACCAGAACCAGGCCAUACUGAAACACCUGCUUGAAAACACCACCUUCAACUCAAGCAGCGAAGCGGAGCGGAAGACACAGCGCUUCUACCUAUCCUGUCUGCAGGUGGAGCGCAUUGAGGAGCUGGGAGCCCAGCCGCUGCGAGACCUCAUCGACAAGAUUGGUGGUUGGAACAUCACGGGGUCCUGGGAGCAGGAUAACUUCAUGGAAGUGCUGAAGGCAGUAGCAGGGACCUACAGAGCCACCCCCUUCUUCACUGUCUAUGUCAGUGCCGACUCCAAGAGUUCUAACAGCAAUGUUAUCCAGGUGGACCAGUCUGGGCUCUUUCUCCCCUCUCGAGAUUACUACCUAAACAGGACCGCCAAUGAGAAAGUGCUUACUGCCUACCUGGACUACAUGGAGGAGCUGGGGAUGCUGCUGGGUGGACGGCCAGCCUCUACACGGGAGCAGAUGCGACAGGUGCUGGAGCUGGAGAUUCAACUGGCCAACAUCACAGUACCCCAGGACCAGCGGCGGGAUGAGGAGAAGAUCUAUCAUAAGAUGAGCAUUGCGGAGCUGCAGGCCCUGGCACCCUCCAUGGACUGGCUGGAGUUUCUAUCUUUCUUGCUGUCACCGCUGGAGCUGGGUGACUCUGAGCCCGUGGUGGUGUAUGGGAAGGAUUAUUUGCAGCAGGUGUCAGAGCUCAUCAACCACACAGAGCCAAGUGUCCUGAACAAUUACCUGAUUUGGAACCUGGUGCAGAAGACAACCUCGAGCCUGGACCGCCGCUUUGAGUCUGCACAAGAGAAGCUGCUGGAGACCCUCUAUGGCACCAAGAAGUCCUGCACGCCAAGGUGGCAGACCUGUAUCUCCAACACGGAUGACGCACUUGGUUUCGCUUUGGGCUCCCUCUUUGUGAAGGCCACGUUUGACCGGCAAAGCAAGGAAAUUGCUGAGGGGAUGAUCAGCGAGAUCCGGAGUGCCUUCGAGGAGGCCCUGGGGCAGCUGGUUUGGAUGGAUGAGAAAACCCGCCGGGCAGCCAAGGAGAAAGCAGAUGCCAUCUAUGAUAUGAUUGGUUUCCCGGACUUCAUCCUGGAGCCCAAAGAGCUGGAUGAUGUUUAUGACGGGUAUGAAGUCUCUGAAGAUUCCUUUUUCCAGAACAUGUUGAAUUUGUACAAUUUCUCUGCUAAGGUGAUGGCUGACCAGCUCCGCAAGCCUCCCAGCCGGGACAGGUGGAGCAUGACGCCCCAGACGGUGAAUGCCUACUACCUUCCAACCAAGAAUGAGAUCGUCUUCCCCGCUGGCAUCCUGCAGGCCCCCUUCUACACCCGGAACCACCCCAAGGCCCUGAACUUUGGUGGCAUCGGCGUGGUGAUGGGCCAUGAGUUGACACAUGCCUUUGAUGACCAAGGGCGCGAAUAUGACAAGGAAGGGAACCUGCGGCCCUGGUGGCAGAAUGAGUCACUGGCAGCCUUCCGGAAUCACACGGCCUGCAUGGAGGAGCAGUACAGCCAGUACCAGGUCAAUGGGGAGAGGCUCAACGGCCGCCAGACGCUGGGGGAGAACAUCGCUGACAACGGGGGACUUAAGGCUGCCUAUAAUGCUUACAAAGCGUGGCUGAGAAAGCACGGGGAGGAGCAGCAGUUGCCGGCUGUGGGGCUCACCAAUCACCAGCUCUUCUUUGUGGGAUUUGCCCAGGUGUGGUGCUCAGUCCGCACACCCGAGAGCUCUCACGAGGGGCUGGUGACCGACCCCCACAGCCCUGCUCGCUUCCGCGUGCUGGGUACUCUCUCCAACUCCCGUGACUUCCUGUGGCACUUCGGCUGCCCUGUCGGCUCUCCCAUGAACCCAGGGCAGCUGUGUGAGGUGUGGUAG